ACAAACAAUUGUCUCAUUUAAUUUUUUUAUCAGACAUUCAAUCUCUUUAGUUCGACCAAUCGUUGUCGAACACAUAUUCUGCGUUUGUUCUAUCGCUAAUAAAUACUGUGAAUUAAUAUCAUUACACAUUGUUAAACAGAAGAAUAUAGGAGGGCGAAAUACUUGGAAUUUAUUUGCAGGGUUUUAAAGAAAUAAAAUUAUUUAACGUCAGGGAGCUAGAAGAUUCAACUUCAUUUUACCUGAAACCUGUACAAUCUAUUUGUAAUCUGUGAAGAAGAUGUCGAUGUUAAUAUACACUGGCUUGGUUUACGUGUUGCUUUCAAUCUAUAUCAAAACAACAGAAGGCGCUUUGAGCUGUGUUGAACAUUCUGAUUGUCCUGUCGGAAGUGCAUGCUUGCUUCCGGGAUUUGGAACAGCAAAGCAACCUGCCUCAAAAAAAUGUUACCCUUGUUCGUGUGCUGAUUUGAAUCAAUGUUACUUUCAAGGGGGCCUUCAUGGCAAGGUGAUACAAUGUAACUGUUCCGGGUCGGGCUUUACUGGCUGCAACUGUGAAACAAAUAUUGAUGAUUGUGCUAGUUCACCAUGUUUGUAUAGAGGGACAUGCAAUGACGGGAUCAAUUACUACAAUUGCACAUGUUUGCCUGGGUUUAGAGGAGAGAACUGUGAAAUAGCGCUCAGAGGUUGUGAUGAUUUACAACCCGAGGACAGAGUAAAUGGGGAAUAUGUAAUCUACAAUAGCCAAGACAAGCCAUACAAAGUGUACUGCGAAUUCCACGCAAGUUAUGGCUACACGUUUAUUUUAAAAAAAAAUGCUGGGAAGGCUGAUCUGAACCGCCUCCGGUCAUAUUAUACUGAAGUGUUAGUAAGACACUUGCGUUCAAAUGGACAUCAGUAUGAUACUACAAUGGAACAGAUCAGUACUUAUUCUUCAUUGAAUAUAAGUAUCCAGUACAAUGCUAAUAUUGAUUAUAAAACUCCAAUCAACAGUGCAACAUGGGGCUCUUAUUUGUAUGUUGGCUUCUUACCUAUAUCUAUCGCAGCAAGUAAAUCUACACAGGGAUACCGAGCAAACGGUAACGACUUCACGUUCUCAAAUUGUGAUAGUAAUCCAAAUAGCUACUUAGCUCUCUUUGUCAACCAUAACAAUAACGAUCCUAAUGGAAAAUACAAGAAAUGCUGCUACAAACCAUUGAUGAGAUUUUGGAUCGAAGAUGCUGCUAACCAAGCUCCAAAUUACAUUCCGUGUAAUUACUUCUACCAGUUUGAGAUGCACAUGGGAGGAUGUGGUGGAUAUGCAAUCAAUGGCUACAACACUUUGGAUGACAUUGUUGGUGCUGCGUUAGGUUUCCGCUUUGAUAUCUAGAAGGACUUAAUUAUUGAUAAUGUAAAGAGAACAUAUAAGAAUGAAGAAAAUCUUUCUAUUAAGUACAUGUUUUCAAAUGUUUAUAUUUACUUAUUAUGCCCAUAUAAAUGUAUGUAUGUCCUCCUUUUUGAGGUUUAUGCCCUAAUUACUGGGACAAAUUAGAUGUUGUGCAAAGUUGGGAACAUUUGUUUCUAUAGAUAUACGGUGUCCUAUUUCCUUAUUAUACCAUACAGUGUCCUAUUUUCUGAUUAAACCAUCACUUGGCCGUCAUCACAAAUAACAUAAUUUUCUGUUUCUAAAACGUGACUUUGCUAACACGAAUUACAUAAUGUAACAGAUUGUGACUAAAAUUAUGCCCGUACAUUUAUUAUAUAUCUUACCUUUAGAAGGAAAUGCUUAUCAUGCACUCUAAAUGAUUUAAUAUACCAAGUUCCAAAACAAACUGUUAAAUAAAUAUGCAUUUAGUACUAUACAUAUGCUUUUGCUCACAAAGGUAGCAAAAAAAUACAUCUUAUUGAUAAUGCCUUCCGAUGCCUUAAAUAAUGUAAUGUAACCACUACGACUAUAAAUUUCUGCCCUCAUUUUUUUUCCUGACACAAAAACAAAGGAAACAAAUUAUAAUGCCUAAACAAUAUCUAUGUUAAUCCAUUUGUUGGCACAAUUAUCAAAAAACAGUAAUUUGGGAAAACUUGUAUGUCUAUACAUUUACUACAGUCACCACUUCGUUGGCACAAAUAACAUAAUGCUCUAAACUGGGAAAUACUUGUAUGCAUUUACAUUUUCUAUGCCCUUUAUUUUGCUGAUAAUUGUAAUAUUAAAACCAAGAUGGGUUUGGAAAAACUUUAAUUGAACCCUUAUAAUGUGCUGUAAAUGUGUUGUACACUUACAUACAUAAACCGUUUAGACAGAAAAUAUAUAUGUUUAAGCAGAAGAUCUAGGUUUCCAGAAUCCUGAAUAAUCUGAAUAAAACUCUGGAAAUUGUUGAAAAAUCAUCGAAACAUUCAAAAGAGUCGGACAAUUUUAUCUGAUGAAACACUGCCUGAAAUCUGAAACUAGCAAAUUAUCACUUUAUAACAUUAUUUCCUUUGAAUGUUUGAGUACAGCCAUUAAGUUUCAACAUCUUGUUCUUUUAUAUUUGUUUGUAUAUAAUCUUAUUAUAUUUUCUUUCUCAUAUUGAUAUAAAUUCCUGAACUGGUAAUUGAUGCAAGAAAUUGAACAAAAAUAAUGAACAACCAUUUAAACUCGAUGAAUUUCAAUUUUGUGUGCAACAAAUCGUCGUCUGGUACAAAUUAAUUGUUUCCUAUUUCUUGCUUUCAUUAUUUGUAAAAAUGAAAAUUGAUGUUUUAUCAGGUUACCAUAUGAAUUUGUGAAUGGUAUUUUGUUUGUUUCCUUGUAUUGUGGGGUUAUUGUUUAAAUUAUUGUACUUGUAUAUUAUUUAAUUUACUUGAAUAAAACAUCUUCUUCUCUCCCUUUUCAUGUGUUGUGUUCGUUUGUUUGCAAAAAGAUAUAAUUGCGCAGCGUGGACAACCUAUCAGUUGCACUUGUGCCAUUUAAAAUAGUAAGUUCCAUUGGAGAUGAAUCCAUUCUGAAAAAUAGUGUUAUUUAAUGUCUGAAAGACGCAACAGAUAUACAUCCAUCAUUUGUGCCAAACAUCUUUACGAUAAAAUCGACGAAAAGUUACAAUCAAUUCUCCCACAAUUGCCGAAAUUGACAUAUCUGGCUUCCAAAACUUUAUUAGCCGCUUUUUGACAUUGUGUUCUUUCAUCUUCUGCGGAACAGUAUAAAACGGACACUCUGAAUACCUUAAGUUACAUCGGCCGUAUCCGGAAAAUCUCGGAUAAGCACUUGAAUAUGAUUUGUCGGUCGCAAAGCCAAUUCACAGGGCUAUUUGCCAUCCUGUUCCCGGCACCUGCCGGACAAGUGAUGUACUAGCAACGGCUGGACAAAGUUUAACAAGACAACUGUUUGCAUUUCUUAUUCCGAAAGGCGUUUGAUCUGCUGAACAAAAACGAGCAUACUUAAGUUAAUUUAUUACAUAACCGUGCAAUAAUAUGUUGUAGAAUUGAAUGUUUGGAAUAUUUAACAUCGCGACAUAAAAAUUUAUGUAGCAAAAAAACGAAAAAUCAUGAAAAUGGCGUCUGUCUUCUAAUGGAGGUAAUGUAACUGGAAUAACUUGUUUUGAGGAAGCAACCAGAAUACAUAGAUAGAAAAUGAAAUUGGUCCAUACUAGAGCGAGAGUAAGCGUAACUCAACAGAGAAUGGUAAGUAUAAAGAAAUGUUUAAAGCCCUGUGAACUGUAGAGGGCCUUGCAAGCAAUCUUAUUUUAUAAUCGUUCUCCAUGACCAUUAUCUGAAAGUAAACUUGGCAGAGAUUUACUACAUUGUGCAACAAAACCCUUUUUCAAAGUUAAUCUCUAUAUAAUAGUUAAUAUACGCUAGGAAAUUGUCAUUUGCAAUGAUUUAAAGAAUUUAAGAAAAAAUGUCUUAAAUAACACGGCUAUAAACAUAAAAAAUCUUUAGCUCGUUACGUUUAGAUUUUUAAAAAAAGUUUAAUUAAACUUUCAAACCAUUAAGGGACUUCAGGGGCACCGCCAAUUUUGUCAUAUAAUUUUGAGCCUUGCAGGUUGGAAGAAUUGGGAUUAUAAAUAUUUAACUUUCAAUGCCUUCUAAAUCCACUGUAUUUAUGAUAUACUAUGGACUAGAGACAUUUGCAUUCACCGGAAAUGUUUCCAUUACAUUUCCAAAGUUUUACAUAAAAGAAGGUGAAACGUUUAAUUCCAGUUGCGUAUACAAUACAAUUUAUCGGGUUUUUUUCAAUCAGUAGUUUCAGAGAU